AUGGAUUUCAAGACUUCAAAUGAAGAGACAAAGACUGGGAUUUAUUUGAUGCAAGAAGGUAAUGAGGAGCCGUUUAAUAUUCGACUGCACUUGGCCAAAGAUAUUCUGACCAUUCAAGAACAAGAUGUCAUCUGUGUGUCAGGAGAGCCUUUUUAUUCAAGUGAGAGGACUGUAACGAUCAGGAGGCAGACAAUUGGAGGGUUUGGCCUGAGCAUCAAGGGUGGAGCAGAGCAUAAAAUCCCUGUUGUGAUAUCCAAGAUAUCAAAAGAACAAAAAGCUGAACUCUCCGGGCUGCUUUUCAUCGGAGAUGGCAUCCUUCAGAUAAAUGGAAUAAACGUUAGGAGUUAUCGCCACGAGGAAGUGGUCCAGGUUUUGAGAAAUGCUGGUGAGGAAGUGACUCUUACCGUCUCUUUCCUAAAGAAGACCCCUGCCUUUCUGAAACUGCCCCUGUGUGAAGACUGCACAUGCAUCCCCAGCGACCAGAGUAGCGGGACUUCCUCUCCUCUGUGCGAUAGCGGCCUGCACUUAAACUACCAUCCUAACAACACGGACACGCUCUCCUGCUCAUCCUGGCCCACGUCCCCGGGGCUUCGCUGGGAGAAGAGAUGGUUGGACCUGCGCCUUAUUCCACUGCUUCACUCACGCCUGUCGCAGUACAACCCGGGCUCUGACGUCUGCAGGAAAAAUGCUUUCCAGGUCAUAGCUGUGGACGGAGUCUGCAGCGGCGUCAUCCAGUUCUCCACAGCUGAGGACUGCUUGGACUGGCUUCAGGCAAUAGCGAGUAACAUUUCCUGUCUCACCAAGCACAAUGUGAAGAAGAUUAACCGAAAUUUUCCAGUUAACCAGCAGAUUAUCUACAUGGGCUGGGUCGACGAGAAGGAGCAGGACUCCGUUCAUGACCGAAUGUAUUCACCAAAGUUCCUCGCUCUGCGUGGCUCCUCACUCUUUAAGUUUUCAGCACCUCCUGUGACAACAUGGGACUGGACCAGAGCAGAGAAAAGCUUUACCGUGUACGAAAUAAUGUGCAAGAUUUCAAAGGAUAAUGACCUUCUGGACAAGAGGAAGCACUGCUUCAGCGUCCAGACGGAGAGCGGCGAGGACAUGUUCUUCAGCGUGGAACUGGAGUGCGAGCUGCUGAUCUGGGAAAAGGCUUUUCAGAUGGCCACGUUCCUGGAGGUGGAGAGGAUACAGUGUAAAACGUACGCCUGUAUCAUGGAGAGCCACCUUAUGGGACUAACCGUUGACUUCAGCAUGGGCUUUGUGUGCUUUGAUGCAGCUUCAAAGGCAGUCCUGUGGAGAUACAAGUUCUCCCAACUAAAAGGAUCGUCUGAUGAUGGAAAAAGCAAGAUCAAGUUUUUAUUCCAAAAUCAAGACUCCAAAUCUAUUGAAGCAAAGGAGCUGGAGUUCUCAAACCUCUUCGCCGUGCUUCAUUGUAUUCACGCUUUCUUUGCUGCCAAAGUCGCUUGCCUUGACCCGAUUUUUGUGGAGAGCCAAGGCAGCGCGUCGACCGCUGGGUUUCCUUCUCUUUGCAGCAUCUCGUGUAAUUCACAGACUCCUAAACUCAAAUACGCCACCUGA